AUGCCGUCUGACGCCAAAAAACGUGCGGCGCAGAAGAAAAAAGAACAAGCUGGUAAUAGGAACAAAAAGCCGAUUGCGAAAGUAGUGUCUGGCGAUCAAAAUGGUACAGAAUCAAACGGCACUAAAGAGGAUCGUGAGCUCACUGCAGAAGAGGCUUUGUGCUUAAAAUUGGAGGAGGAAGCUAAAAUGAAUUCCGAGGCACGGUCAUGCACAGGUAGCCUGGCUGUUCAUCAUCGAUCAAGGGACAUUAAAAUAGCAAAUUUCUCCAUUACAUUUUAUGGUAGUGAAUUACUACAAGAUACAUUGCUUGAGUUGAACUGUGGUAGAAGAUAUGGUCUUGUAGGAUUGAAUGGAUGUGGUAAGUCUUCGCUAUUAGCUGUACUGGGACGACGUGAAGUACCAAUACCUGGUCAUAUAGAUAUCUUUCACUUGACCCGAGAAAUGCCAGCGUCCGACAAAACUGCUUUGCAGUGUGUCAUGGAAGUUGAUGAAGAACGGGUUCAACUGGAGAAACUUGCUGAAGAGUUGGCUCACUGUGAGGACGAUGAAUCACAGGAACAACUGCUAGACGUAUAUGACCGACUUGAUGACUUGAGCGCCGACACAGCGGAGGCUCGUGCUGCUAACAUUCUUCAUGGGCUUGGAUUCACGAAGGAAAUGCAGCAGAAGGCGACUAAGGACUUUUCUGGAGGUUGGCGUAUGCGUAUUGCGCUGGCACGUGCCUUGUACGUGAAACCUCACCUUCUGUUGCUUGAUGAACCGACCAAUCAUCUUGAUCUUGACGCUUGCGUGUGGCUGGAAGAAGAAUUGAAACAGUACAAACGUAUUCUUGUGCUGAUUUCCCACUCUCAGGACUUUUUGAAUGGUGUGUGCACAAACAUUAUUCAUAUGAGCAAACGCCGGUUGAAAUACUACACGGGCAACUAUGAAGCAUUUGUCCGCACUAGAAUGGAAUUACUCGAGAACCAGAUGAAGCAAUACAAUUGGGAGCAGGAUCAGAUCGCACAUAUGAAGAACUAUAUUGCGCGGUUCGGUCACGGUUCCGCCAAGUUAGCACGUCAAGCUCAGUCUAAAGAAAAAACGUUAGCCAAAAUGGUAGCCCAAGGUCUAACUGAGAAGGUUGUUGAUGACAAGAUUCUAAACUUCUAUUUCCCUUCUUGUGGGAAGGUGCCGCCGCCUGUCAUCAUGGUGCAGAAUGUAUCUUUCCGGUACACCGAUGAGAGUCCAUGGAUUUACAAAAACCUGGAGUUUGGUAUAGACUUGGACACCCGGCUCGCCCUGGUCGGUCCUAAUGGAGCUGGCAAAUCUACGCUAUUAAAGCUUCUUUAUGGAGAUUUGGUGCCUUCAACUGGAAUGAUCCGCAAGAAUUCCCACUUGCGUAUCGGUCGUUACCACCAGCACUUGCACGAGCUGCUUGACUUGGACCUGUCACCGCUGGAGUAUAUGAUGAAAGAGUUCCCAGAGGUCCGUGAGCGUGAAGAGAUGAGGAAGAUUAUAGGGAGAUACGGCUUGACUGGACGGCAGCAGGUCUGCCCGAUGCGUCAGCUGUCAGACGGCCAGCGUUGCCGCGUUGUUUUUGCGUGGCUUGCGUGGCAAACACCCCACUUGCUUCUACUCGACGAACCGACGAACCAUCUCGAUAUGGAGACUAUAGACGCUCUGGCGGACGCCAUUAAUGAUUUUGAUGGCGGUAUGGUUCUCGUCAGUCACGACUUCAGGCUCAUCAAUCAGGUAGCCGAAGAGAUUUGGAUCUGCGAAAACGGCACUGUAACAAAAUGGGAGGGAGGUAUUCUGAAAUACAAGGAUCACCUUAAGUCGAAAAUUUUGAAAGAUAACGCGGACAACGCUGCUAAAAUGCGGAAGUAA